UGCGAUGACCGCCCGACCGGCGCUCCGCGCUUCUCUCCGCUAAUUUAAACUUCUUCUGCGUCACGUUGCCACUCAUCCAAGAUCACCGACUUUUUCCUCCGUGGACUUAUUAACACUCGUGGUUUCUUUUUUUUUUCCAAACAGACCUUUAACUUUUGCGAAUUGUUUUGCAGUCUGUUUUUACCUCUCACUUUUUAAGCAUGUAGCCUAUUUUUCGUGUUCAGGAAGCGGAUUUGCACCAGCUUGUUUUUUUUUUUCCUUCCUUUUCUUUUAUCCAGACUGAGACACUUAAAAGUGAAUUAUUAAGAGUUUUUUUUUGUUUUUUUUUUUUUUUUUUUUUAAGAAAACUUGAAACACUUUAUUCUUUGCUGCCACAAUGACCGAAGAAGGGAAAUCGGAGCACAGGGGGGAAAGCGGCAGAGACGCGGAGAAGCAGCUCCGUUUGCGCGUCUGCGUUCUGAACGAGCUCCUCAAGACCGAGCGCGACUACGUGGGGACCCUCGAGUUCCUGUCGGUGUUCAUGCAUCGCCUUAACCAAUAUGCAGCUGCAAAAAUCGAUAAGAAUAUCACAGAGGAGACAGUUAAGGUGCUGUUUUCCAACAUUGAGGAGAUCCUCUCCGUGCACAAGGACUUCCUGUCUAUGGUGGAGGAGCUGCUCCACCCAGACCCCCAUGCACACCACGAAGUGGGCCGUUGCUUUCUGCACUUUAGGAGCCGCUUCCAGAUUUACGAUGAGUACUGUGGGAACCACGAGAAGGCCCAGAGGCUGCUGCUGGAGCUGAACAAGAUCCGCAACGUGCGCACGUGUCUGCUGAACUGCAUGCUAUUGGGAGGGAGGAAGAAUACGGAAGUGCCACUGGAAGGGUAUCUUGUCGCACCAAUUCAGAGGAUCUGCAAAUACCCCCUCCUCCUUAGGGAGUUGUUGAAGAGGACCCCAAAGAAGCACAAUGAUUACCCACUGGUUCUGGAGUCGCUGCAGGUCAUGAAGGCUGUGUGCUCCAGCAUCAAUGAGGCCAAGAGGCAGAUGGAGAAGCUGGAAGUCCUGGAGGAGUGGCAGUCACACAUCGAGGGAUGGGAGGGUUCCAACAUCACCGACACCUGCACAGAGAUGCUGAUGCAGGGCAUCUUACUGAAGAUCUCUGCUGGAAACAUACAGGAGCGUGUCUUCUUUCUAUUUGAUAACCUCUUGGUGUACUGCAAAAAAAAGAACCGCCGUUUGAAAAAUAGCAAGACUGCCACGGAGGGCCCUCGCUAUCUGUUCCGUGGCCGGAUCAAUACAGAGGUCAUGGAGGUUGAGAACGUCGAUGAUGGUACAGCUGACUACCACAGCAGCGGGAACAUUGUGAACAACGGAUGGAAGAUCCACAACACAGCGAAGAACAAAUGGUUUGUCUGCAUGGCGAAGACGCCGGAGGAGAAGCAGGAGUGGCUGGAGGCCAUCCUGAAGGAACGUGAAAGGAGGAAAACGCUGAGAUUGGGAAUGGAGCAGGACACCUGGGUUAUGGUGUCGGAAAAAGGAGAAAAGCUCUACAACAUGAUGACUGCCCAAGGUCACCUCAUCAAAGACAGGAAACGCAAGCUCACAACCUUCCCCAAGUGCUUUCUUGGGAGUGAGUUUGUGUCCUGGCUGAUGGAGAUUGGGGAGACAGACAAUCCAGAAGAAGGUGUGCACCUGGGUCAAGCCUUGCUGGAGAAUGGGAUCAUUCAUCACGUUACAGACAAGCACCAGUUUAAGCCAGAGCCUGUGCUGUACAGGUUCCGCUACGAUGAUGGAACCUACCACCCUAGGAGCGACAUGCAAGAUGUCAUCUCCAAGGGUGUCAGGCUCUUCUGUCGACUGCACAGUUUGUUCACACCCGUGAUCAGGGAUAAAGACUACCAUCUCAGAACGUAUAAAUCGGUCGUGAUGGCGAACAAGCUCAUCGACUGGCUGAUCGCACAGGGCGACUGCCGGACAAGAGAGGAGGCCCUCAUUCUGGGGGUGGAGCUCUGUGACAAUGGAUUCAUGCACCAUGUGCUGGAGAAGAGCGAAUUCAAGGACGAGCCCCUUCUGUUCCGCUUCUUUGCUGAUGAGGAGAUGGAGGGCUCCAACACUAAGCACAAGCCCAUGAAACAUGACCUGAGGAUUGUGGAGAACGUCAUCACUAAGUCCCUGCUGGUUUGGCCCAGUGAUGGAGGCUAUGGCUUCACCCUAGAGGAAAGGAACCGGGUGCCCAUUGUCAAGUCUGUGGAGAAGGGCUCUGGUGCAGAGAUGGCUGGGCUUGAGGUGGGGAAGAAGGUGUUUGCUGUCAACGGGGACCUUGUCUUCCUGCGUCCCUUCCAGGAAGUGGACUGCUUCCUGAGGCAAUGCUUCAACAGCGGUGGUCCUCUGAGGGUUCUGGUCAGCACCAAGCCCAGAGAGACGGUGAAGAUCCCGGACUCAGCAGAUGGCCUGGGCUUCCAGAUCCGGGGCUUCGGCCCAUCUGUGGUGCAUGCAGUUGGCAGGGGGACUGUGGCGGCCAUCGCAGGCCUGCACCCUGGCCAGUGCAUCAUAAAAGUCAAUGGGAUCAAUGUGAGCAAGGAGAGUCAUGCCAGCGUCAUUGCGCAUGUUACGGCCUGCAGGAAGUACCGCCGGCCUGCACAGCAAGACUCAAUAAAGUGGGUGUACAACAACAGCGAGAGUGCCCAGGAGGACCGCCAGAAAGCCAGCCAGAAGGCAUCGGUGGAGGAGAAUGGGGAGGUGUUUGAGUGUAAAGUGGAAGAGGUCAUGGACAAGUUCAACACUAUUGCCAUUAUUGAUGGAAAGAAGGACCACGUGAGCCUGACGGUGGACAACGUGCACCUGGGCUAUGGGGUGGUCUAUGAGUACGACAGCACGGCUGGUGUCAAGUGCCACGUCCUGGAGAAGAUGGUGGAGCCUAAAGGCUUUUUCAGCCUGGCUGCCAAGAUUCUGGAAGCUCUGGCGAAGAAUGACGAGCAGCUAGUGCAGACUUGCAGCCGGUUGAGCGGCAGCUCUGACGUCAUCCCCGAAGACCUACAGGCCAAGUUCACCACCAUGUGCGGAGAGAGGCUGGAGCACAUUAAUCGACGUGUUACCAACUACCGCAAGUUCUCCCGAGUGCUGAGGAAUCGUGCCUGGCCCACAUUCAAGCAGGCCAAGACGAAGGUGUCCCCGCUACACAGCAGUGACUUCUGCCCCACCAACUGCCACAUCAAUGUCAUGGAAGUGUCCUACCCCAAGACCACCACCUCCCUGGGCAGCGCUUUUGGGGUGCAGCUUGACAGCCGUAAGGGAUCCACACUGGAGAGGGCCACCUGCAGCUCAGAACAAGGCAAGCUGAACCCAACAGUGUAUGCCCAGCACACCAUCACCAGUAUGGCUGCCCCCUCUGGCCAUAGCUUGGGCCAAGCUGAAGGCCACGGCCUCCGCUUUCUGCUCCGCGAAGAUGACCUGGUCACGCUAGAUGCCUACCAGAGGCUGCUCGCCAAACUCUCCACCGUAGUGAAGGAAAUGGAAUGCUAUGCUGCACAGAUACAUGAUUUGCUCUCCACCAUCACCCAUCCUCCCGCGUCCGACGGGAAGGCGCCUGAGAACUGCGUCCCUGGUGAUGGUGAGGGCGAUAAAGGGGAGCGCAAUGGCAAGAAAGUGUGCUUCAACGUCACCGGGGAUGAGCAGGAUGACUCAGGCCAUGACACAAUCAGCAACAGAGACUCGUAUAGUGACUGUAACAGCAACAGGAACUCAAUAGCCUCCUUUACCAGCAUAUGUAGCAGUCACUGCAGCUCCUAUGUCCACAGUGAUGAGAUGGACUCAGGAGAUGAGAUGCCAGCCAGCAUCUGGAUUUCGCAUGAUAAGCAGAAGAAGCUUCAUGGGUUUCUGGAGCACCUCUUCAGCCAGGUGGAUUCCAUAACCAGCCUGCUCAAGGGAGCAGUCGUUGCUCGUGCCUUUGAACAGACAAAGUGCUUCACACCAGAACGAAGUCUACAAGAGUUCCACCAAGAAAUGGAACCCCGGGUGAACUGCGCCAGGAAGCUGCGGCAGCACGUGAAGCAAGACCCCUGGAACCUGCCCAGCAGUGUGCUCACUCUCACUCAGACCAUUGCCAAGUUUGUGGAAGAGGUGAAGACUCGUUUUCUGAUGGUCCUACUCCAGUACACAGACUCUGAGAUCCAAUUGCGGCGGGACAUGGUUUUCUGCCAGAGUCUGGUGGGGGCUGUGUGCGCCUUCUCCGAGCACCUUCUUGCUGUACUGCACCAGACUCAAUCUCCGGGGCACGAGGCCGACACCGAGAGCCACGACGCCAGCCGACGAUGGUUGGAGCAGAUUGCCAGUGUUGGUGUGCUCUUCCACUUCCAGUCCCUGCUCUCACCCAACCUGACAGAUGAACAGGCGAUGCUGGAGGACACACAGGUGGCGCUCAUAGACCUGGAGAAAGUUACCUUCUGCUUUCGGCAGUUUGAAGGGGAGCCCUUGGUUGCAAAUAUGCCCAUCUCAUACCAGGUGGAGGGAACCCGACAGGCUAUCAAGGUGUGCUUUUUCCUGGAGAGUUUCUACUUUGAGCUGCUGCCAUUGAGGCUGAGGAAUGGAGCCAGCUGCAAGAUCUACCCCGUGCUCUUCACACAGGCUCUUGAGAGCAUGGAAGGUUACUAUUACCGGGACAAUGUCUCCGUUGAGGACUUCCAGGCGCAGAUCAACGCGGCCUCUUUGGAGAAGGUCAAACAGUACUAUAAGAGACUGAGGGCUUUUUACCUUGACAAAUCCAAUCUACUACCAAGCUCUGCACCCAAAGCUGCCUUAAUAGACAAGCUGAUGCGUCCCCUGAAUGCGGUGGAGGAGCUGUACCGGCUGAUGGAGCGCUUCAUCAGCUCCCGGCGCACAGCUGCCUGCCAGUUUACAGCCUGCGGGGCCUCCGGGGUGGGCCUGCUCUCGGUGGCCUCCGAGCUCUGCAACCGACUGGGGGCCUGUCACAUUGUCAUGUGCAACAGCGGGGUUCACAGGUGUACCCUGAGUGUCACCCUUGAGCAGGCCAUCCUUCUGGCCAGGAACUACGGCCUUCCUCCCCGUUGCAUCCUGCAGGCCACAGAUGUCAUGAGGAAACAGGGUGCAAGAGUUCAAAAUUCAGCCAAGAAUCUGGGAGUGAGAGACCGAACACCGUCUUCAGUCCCAAGGUUGUAUAAGCUGUGUCAGCCCCCACCGCCGGAUGGCGACCCAUGAAGAUGCCAGUUCAGCUAGGAACACAAGCUGGGUUGAUCCCGCCUAUGGACCAGAGGUUCAGAAGUACAGCCACCACCGAUGGUCUGACAUACCUGGAAUUAAAACGGUCUUGCUGUGGCCGGCCAUAGAGGACUGUCCUCGAUGGCUUUCCUUGACUUCAGCUAUUUGGUUUUCUCAUUAUUGUAAAUAUUAAAUGUAUAUGUAACUCUAUUGUUCCUUUACUUGUUAAAGAAAUAUGUUUAUUAAUGCAACAUCCUGCUACAUCACAUCACAUCUCAUUUUAUUUUAUUUUACUUUUUUAGUUGCGUGGCAUUAAAAAUUAAACAAAACAAGCUAAAGAAGUGCAUUAAGAGCGUAGAAAAAAAUUAGCCUUUUUAAAUCUACAAAUCCAUUUCCUGUAAAUAAGUAUGCUGGUUAGAGGGUGAGACAUUUUGACGGUCAUCGAGUGAGGAUAUUGUCACUUUUAUGGCUACAAUGCCUAAGACUACUUCAAAGGUCAAUUCAAUGUGCAUUAUGUUUAUGGAAUAAUGUGAAAAAGGAGUGAAAUGAGGAAUGGUCAAGUUUAAAUAGCGCCCCCCUUUGGUGAAGAGAUGUACUGUAAGCUUGUGGUCCUCACCCCAGUCGUGCUUGGCGUCUACUCACUCUGUUGGACCUGUGUGAACAAUAGGACUACCUGAUACUUGACAAUCUCACAUUUUGCUUAAUUAGGCAUUAACAUUUGUAAGAAUGAAAAAAAAAAGCCUUAUCAAUACUGGCUGAAAGCAAAGGCUAUGACCUCCUUUUGAAUAAAUCAUGUUAAAUAUGCUGUUAUGGGCACUCAUGGUAACAAAUAACUUGAGUUUUGUUACUGUGAAGUUUAAUCUUGCCUGUCUUCCUUGCCUAGUGGGUGACUUGUCUUGCCACAAUAAGACUAACCUCAGCAGCAGGUCUUUUUGUGACACGAAUUGGUCUGAUUUCAAUCAGUGUUAUAUUUUACUCUGUACUAAAGCUCUGUUAUUUUAAACACACACACACUUGUAUAAAACCAGUACU